AUGGUUACGGUCCCAAACCCAACUGGAAAGAUAGAGGAGACAAGGAAAGAGAAGAGGCAAACAGACUUCAACUCCAAACACGAAGACGUCGAAGGGCAUGAGCAAAACGCAGCGAUAGAGUUCGAAUUCCUCGAUGCUUUGACGAUAGCCCCUGAUUCCCUCACAGCUACUUACAACGACGAUGUCUGGGCGAUCCAAUGCAACGCGGAUGCAGCCAUGGUUGAUAUCUCACCAUUGGAGUCCGCAGCACCCCAGAGUCUUACUGAAGCUCCCAUCCACUCCAAGCAACCACCACAAAUUCCAACACCGCUCAGUCUCUCCUGCUUGGGGGACAGUAAUGGUUCGGGUAUGCAUGGCCCUCCAACCUCUGAAAAUGAUAUCGAGUUGGUCAUGCAUUUCAUUGGCGAGACAUGUCCGUUGCAACACGGCUCAUAUCGUUCGUCAUCAGCAACGCAGAGAAGUUGGGCGCUCUUCCUGUUGAUGAGGUCACCGACCUUUUAUCACGCUUCCCUCAGCAUGAGCGCCUAUCACAUGUCACUGUCCCUCGCUGGGCAUAGUGAUGCUCGCGCUGCAGCCGUCCAUGACUACCAAUCACACAGGGCGCAAGCCUUGGACAGCUUCUGUGAUCUGAUGAAUCCUAACCGACCACGUUCGGGGGCAGUCUUUGGCGAAAGUCUGAUAUGCUCGGUGCAGCUUGCCCUUUUGGAGGCACUAGGAAAAAACAUGCAAAGCUGCCACUCUUACCUCGCUUCGGCAGUCCAAAUCCUCCUCGAUGAUCUGCGCCAGCCCUCAAUGUGUGAUAGCGGGACCAACACAUCAUCUUCUCCAGCUCAGUCCCAGCAACAGCACGCAAGUCUCUCAUCGGGUACCAGCAGCCCAGCACCACCUGGUCUGUCUCCUAUGGAACGGACAGCCCUUUCCUUCUUUCGUGCCAUCCUGAUUUGGAAUGAAAUUCUCUCGUCCUCCUCCCUCAAGAAGGUCCCUACUGCGGCCCCCUGCUACCGGGAGCUUCUCGACUCUUCUCCCUCUUUCUCCACCUCCUUCCAGUCUACCACAGGUUGUGAGCCAUGGAUCCUUGUAGCGAUAAUGGACGCCACAGCUCUCGAAGUAUGGAAGAGAGAUCAAGAAAACCAGGGCAAUUUGAGUAUUAGAGAACUGGUCAAUCGCGCCUCAAGGCUGGAAAAAACACUCGAAGAUGGAAUCCAACGUUUGGAAGGGAGUGGUAGCGAGAAACGCCUCCAAAGCCUGGUCUUUGCUUACGCUCUGCUCACUCACUUGCACGCCAUUGUGUCCGGACCGCUGGCCAGUGUGCCCGAGAUAAGCGAAAGCAUUGAGCGUUCCAUUCCGGUGUGGAAGAUGCUGCCCGAGUCCAUAAGCCCAAGGAGCCUGGCUUGGCCUUAUUGUGUUUGCGCGAGUCUUGCAACGGGAAAGCAACGAGAAGUCUUCGAACAAUUCUUGGCCCCUGAACGGUUGUCGAGUGUUGACUCGACCCUGGGAAGCUUGAGGGAGUUGAAGGCCAUUGUUGAAGAAUGCUGGAGGCAAGUUGAUGGAGUAAAAAGAGGAUCGGACUUUAUGUCCGGGGAGAGUAGUGGCGGUGGAAGAAAUCAGUCGCUCUCCUCGUCGGUAAGAGUUGACUGGAGGGAAGUUAUGCAAAGGUCAAACUUGGGGUUGUUGUUUACUUAG